UCCUGCUUCUGUUAACCCAAAAAUGGUGGUGGCCUCUCCAAACCUUUCAAAAACUGGAAAACUAAGAGAGAUUGAAAUUCCAAUUAUAGACCUUUCCGCCGACAGGUCCGAGGUUUCAAAACUCAUUGUUAAAGCCUGUGAAGAGUUCGGUUUCUUUAAGGUUAUCAACCAUGGUGUCCCUCAUGAUGUGAUUACAAGAAUGGAACAAGAAGGUUACGAGUUUUUUGCGAAACCAGCGUCUAGAAAACAGCAAGCUGGACCUGCAAAUCCAUAUGGCUAUGGGAGCAAGAAUAUAGGACUGAAGGGAGAUAUCGGAGAAGUUGAAUAUCUUCUCCUACCGACCAAUCCUCUUUCCAUCGACGACAAUUCGAAAACUAUUUCCAGCACUGAUCCUUAUAAGUUCAGGUACUUAAUUCCAGGGUAUAUAAUAUAUGUUUUUUGCCCUUCCAAACUUGAUGUUUAA